AUGUCCUCCAAUAACCAGGAAGGCAUUGAGCCCGGUGUUGUAAUAACUCCCAAGGUCUCUGAACCAUGGGCGGUCGAGAAGGUGCUAGCACAAAUUCACCCCGAAGCCCCUGUCGAGGGAUCGAGCUCACCAGUUCCUUUCUUUCAUAUCCUCGAGCGGUUAAAGACGGGCAAGCGAGAAGGAUGGCGGCGGUUCGGUAUCAACAGAGGCGAAUCGAUCGCGGAUCAUAUGUAUCGCAUGUCCUUAAUGACCUUCCUAUGCCCCCCUUCGCUUGCAUCUAAGCUCGAUCUCAAUAAAUGCAUGAAGAUGUGCCUCAUUCACGAUAUGGCCGAAUCGAUCGUUGGGGACAUUACACCGGUAGAUGGUGUCCCAAAACCGGAGAAAAGCCGUCGCGAGGCCGAGACAAUGGACUAUAUUUCUAAGAAUUUAUUGGGCAAGGUGUACGGAGGGGUUGCGGGACAGGAUAUCCGAGCAAUCUGGCAGGAGUACGAGGACUCCAAAACACCCGAAAGUCUCUUUGUCCACGACGUGGACAAGAUGGAAUUAUUGUUGCAGAUGGUGGAGUACGAGAAGCGGGCAGAUAAGCGCCUGGACCUGGGCGAGUUUGCUUACGUUGCGACCAGGGUUGUACUUCCGGAAACGCAGGAGUGGGCAAAGGAUAUCCUUAAGGAACGCGACGAGUUCUGGGGUUCGGCACCGCAUGUUCACGGAGAAGCCGGUGUGAAUGGCGGUGUGGAAAAGACGACGACACAGGAUCAAGAUGCCUACUACUCCAAAGAGGAGAGAUAA